CGGACGCUUCCGGAAGUGACGCAAAGGGGCGCUCGAGCCGAGCCCAGCGGCCUUCCCCUCGCUGUGGUGACAUUUCUUCUUCUCGCGUGAACUUGCUGAGGAAACACAGCCAGAAUGACAACUUUGGACGCUCAGAUCUUCUGUCCGUGGAACAGGUACAGCAGUGACAACAGUAGUUGAAGGAUCGCUCUCCCACGGAAGUCGAAGGGUCGCUUGCACUGUCCACUAGACCCUGUGCUCCAUGCUUUUGAGACCCGGAGAGACUUAAAACUCUGAAAUGAAGAUGGAGGCAGUAGAAAAAGCAGAAGAACUCAUCGACCCAGAGGUUCCACCAAAACUCCCGGAAAAACAAGAGGCGGUUCUGGGAGAAGAGGGAUCUAUAGACCUAGAAAUCAGCGCUCAGAAAGAGAGCGGAGCUGCUGUGGAAGAUUCAGCGGUGCUUGCCUCCAUGCCAUGUUUGCUGAUGGAGCUGAGGCGGGACUCAUCAGAAUCUCAGCUGGCAUCGACAGAGAGCGACAAGCCAGCUGCAGGCCGUGUUUAUGAGAGUGACUCUUCCAACCAUUGCAUGCUCUCUCCCUCCUCCAGUGGGCACUUGGCUGAUUCAGAUACUCUGUCUUCUGCAGAGGAAAACGAGCCCAGCCAAGCAGAAGCGACGGUAGAGGGAGACCCUUCGGCAAUGUCAGGGUCUACCGUUGGGAGGAAAUCCCGGCGAUCCAGGUCAGAAAGCGAAACCUCAACCAUGGCCGCUAAGAAAAACCGGCAGUCUAGUGAUAAGCAGAAUGGCCGCGUCACUAAGGUCAAGGGUCAUCGGAGCCAAAAGCACAAAGAGAGAAUUCGGUUAUUAAGGCAGAAACGAGAGGCGGCUGCCCGUAAGAAGUACAACCUGCUGCAGGACAGCAGUACCAGCGAUAGUGACCUAACCUGUGACUCAAGCACGAGUUCGUCAGAUGAUGACGAAGAAGUUUCAGGAAGCAGCAAGACAAUCACUGCAGAGAUACCAGCUGGCUUCAGUCGUGCUGGGGGAUCUGGAGGAGCGACCAGGGAAAUUCCAGGAUUGCUUGACAGGGGCACCGUGUGGGAUAGGAACUGCAUAGGCAGUGUCCUCGAAGAGGCCAUGAACUGCUUUGCCGAGAUGCAGCGGCAGACAGAGGAAAAGUUCCGGAUGUGGAUAGAAAAGCUAACCCGCCUUGACACGGAUGAAGAAAGCAAACAGCAACUGGAACCCAGGGAACUUAAAGUCCCAAUAGCGGGCCAAAGAAACUCCCCAUCUUCUCAGGCAGGGGUGUUUGCGCAGGUGCCUGAUAGCCAAGCACUUCCACAGCAGUCUUUUAAUUCUUAUGUGAGCUAUCAAAACACUGACACGGCCUUAGAGUUUCCAGCAAGUAUCAAUAACAAUCUCCCAGCCAACUUUCCUGAAAAUGGGAACAUUGCAGAAUCCAACUUGAAUCAUUCGCAGACUUAACACAGCUCUCGGUUUUUCUCUUUUUUCCUGCAUCAUACUUCAAAAGCUGACCGUUGUGUUCCAUAAGAAUAUUUCCUUCUUUGCUUAGGCUUUUUGACGGCCAGUAUUUUGUUUUGUUUCUUAAAAGAAAUUUGAUGUACUUGGGUUGUCAUUAAAAGUGCUUCUCCUCCUCAGCUUACCAUCAGCAAAGUGUGGCAAGCUAUACAAUUUUGCAAUCUUCCUUUUUGUGUCUUAAUGUCGGAGCAGUUGAUAUAUCCCCUCUAUGCUCCUUUUUUGCAUGCCAAAAGUGUUUAUUUGUGACAAUAUAAAUUUGGAAUUGAACCCUUAUGUACUCAUCUAGUAUGUCAUGUGAAUAUUUUCUUAAAAAGAUUAUAGUAUCUAGAUUGUGUAUCUUAAACAGAAUUAUAUAUUGUGUGCCAUAUUUCUUUCUCUUCCAGUCAUCUUGAGCAGAUGUUUGCUAGUCUGUGAAUUUGGAUAGAUUUGAUUAGUCAGUAUUUUUAUCUCUUUUACUAGCAUUUAUUUUUUUCCACACAUUUUUAAAAUGUUUUUAACAAAUAGUUACUUAGAAAAGUGAAUCCUAACCCUGAAGUCCAUGGAAGUUUGAGAGAAAGACACAGUGGGUCUGUCUAUUAAAUGACAGUAAUUUUAGAGACAUCAAAAUUUUGAAUUAAAGAAGUACAUUAAUCGUGUCUUAUACUUGUUGUAAAGACCUUUGCCACCUGUCUAAACAAAGAAAAUGUACAUGUCUGUGCUCUGUAUGAACAAAUUGUGUUUUCAUGGCACAAUUAAAUGCCAGAGUCUGUUCUAAAAUAAUAAAAAAAUGAGUUUCAGCACUUACAUUUUGGCCUGACAUGAAUAAAUUAUCAAAAUAUAUUAGCUCCAACCCUGAGAGCCUCUUUGGCAGCUCUUGCAAGGGCCAGUUGCUGCAUGAUAAAUUACUUUUGAAACUAACUUAAGUAUCAUGCCUGCCUUCAUCAUACUGAGGUCAAGUUGCUAAAUAGAUUGUUUGUAAAGACAGUUGAAAAACGUCCUUGCUUUGCUUUUGUGAUAGAAAAAGCUUCAGCUCCCAGAGACAGAAAAUAAUAUGGAGAUGGCGUGUGCACACAUGCAUGCUGGAAGUUUCUGCAUGCAGUGUUGGUUGUGUGGCUUUUCUGGAUCAUGUGUAUUAUUUUAAACCAUGUUUCAAUAAAUAUUUCUCCUUUUUCUGAGCCAUAACUAAGCCAUAUUCCUAAGCCUGCUGAUUGGGAAUGCUCAAGCUUUAGUUCAGUUAUGUUAAUUAUUUCCAGGUUAAAACUCAUUUGUACAUUUAGGUGUAGUUCAUUAUUGAAUAAUCAUGCCUGUAAAGUUGGAGGUUAGAUAAGGUUCAUGUCUGCAAUGGGACUCAAAAAGACCGGUGCUUCUCUCCUUCAACUGGAAAAAAUAAUUAGUGGAACUUAUCAAAAUAUAUACUUAUAGUGGCAACAUUGUAUUCACUGCAAUAAGGGCAAAAAAAAAGUUUGAAAUUUUGGUGAUGCUAAACACUUACUUAGAAUUGAGCCAAGAAAAGAUAACCCAGGCCACUAUUUCUGACUUUUAGCACAGCAAACUUGUUUGUGCUAAAAUAAGUUCCAGAGACUUAAGUAAAAUUUUGUGAUAAUUGUGUUUAGACUUCCAGCCUAAAAUUUGCAGAACCUGGCUGAGAUUUUUUGAAAAAAAGUUUCACUACCUCUGUGAGCCCUAAGGCAGCUUUAGGGCUUUUUGCACUUUGUGAUAUGACAUGCUUUUUUUUUUUCAGAAACAAGCAUUCAAAAAUUGGAAAGUAUAUAACCAAAUCUAAAAUAACUCUGGAUUUCUGUAUUUUACUGCAGUCUCUGCUUACUUUGUUUUUAAUGAUGACAUUUCAUCUCUCUUGGAUUUCACAAGUUAUAUUGCUGCUUGGCCUUCCCUUUCAUUGAUGUUAUCUCUGAAUUUAUUACAGCAAAAUAACUUUUAAACAUGUAAAUGUACUUCCUGCCCUACCUGCUUUUUUCAGAGAUGCAUUUUCAGGAUAAUUGUGUGAAAUGCAGGAAAUAAGUUUGCGUAAAAACAAAUGUGACUGAUUUCUAAAUGAAUUUUGGUGUUCUAUCUUGCCAUGUAUAAUUUUGAUAUGGACAUUUUGAUGUGAACUUAAUAUCUUCCUAAACUGAAAACCAAGUGUACAUUUGACAUAAUUGAUUUCAAACAGUGAGAUCGUUUUUACUAUAUCAACAGGUCUGGUUUUUUUGGCCUUGAAUAAAAUGCUUUGAACUUGCCCUAAUUUAUUUUGAAGUUAAGUACCUGCUGUGAUUUAUUUUGUUGUAAUCAAUAUGUAAUCAUUCUAAUACUGAGAGACAAAUAUGCACUUAGAAAUCUGUUGGGAACUGCAUGCUACCUUAAAGGUUUUUCCCAUAAUGCAGAAA